CGGCGGCGUUACGAUAAAGUCUCAUUAUCUGCCACGAUAGCAUGUUUCCUGGAAUGGCAAGAGAGGCUGCUUACCAGGGUGCAGAGGUCAUGUUGCGUACAGCAGGUUACACUCCGCCAACCAAGCAAUCGGGGAACUUACGAACAGGACAAAUGCAUUCACAAAUCUCAUGUAUACUGUGAGUGUGGGGUUAGCCGGUACCGACGGCACAUUUAAAAGCAUGGGAAAUGCCAUAUUUUGCGGACCCGAAGGAGAUGUUCUUGUGCAAGGCAAUAAUUCUCCAGAUGAGAUUUUCGCAUGUGAGGUUCAGGUGGAUGAAGUGCGCAGACGUAGAAGACAUUGGGGCGUUGAGAACAGUCUGUAUCAAUUCGGCCAUUGAUGAUAUGUUGCAGUAAAGGGAGG